CGCCACUGCAGCUAGUGUGAACUCCCUUUAAAUCAUAAUAAUGAAUGACGAAGGUGAUGACGAUAAUAAUAACAUGUCAGGUAUAGGUGUACACGGACGCAAUAGACUGCGGUCACGGGGUCCGGACGCGAAAAACGCGGACGCAACGCACCGGAACUCCCGCUGUGAUAACGAGUAGGAGUGGGGGACCGGACCCUCAGACUACCGGAAGUGUUCUUCCGCAACCGGUCUGGCGGUAACCCAAUAGCCACACAAGCACGGCCUGCACAAAGUCAGUCGGGACUUUGUACGUCAAGUGCCCCGUCAUUAUAUUAUAUAUAGAGAGAAGUAUAGUCCAAACUUCAUUAUGGGCUGCGGAUCUAGCGGCCGUGUGGGUGUCCGUCGAAACGAAAAGGAGCUGUACUUGCCGUCCACCGAGCUGCGUUUCAACGCCGGUCAGAUUCAAAGGCUCAACGACAACUUUCUACGUGGCUACGAGAACACGGGUACGUGAUGCGGGUCCCCUCGGGGGCGUAAACAAAGUCAUUUUUUUCGUUGAAUUUUUGCCGAAAAUAGAACAAAGUAUUGUGUCUGUUGUGUACAUAUACAGAGUGUACUACAGUGUUAUCCUUACGCUACUAAGUCUGUCAAUAUUUUUAUUUUUUUUUUGCAUUUUAUUUUUUCAUUCGGGUUUUUUAAGAGGAGAACACUUAUGUAAAAUGUUUAGAACAGAAUGUAUAUUAUGAUAAUUUUUAAAAACGAUAAAAUAAAUAAUUAAGGGAUAAAAAUAAAAAUGUAAUUUCCUCCACACAUGUCGUGUCUUUCUCGCACAAAACCCGAUUGAAAAAAAACAAUGAAUAUUGCCAGAAUUAUUUGCAUAAGGAUAACACUGUAGGACAUUCAGUAUAUUAAUUUUUAUCCGAUAUAUUUGGACACUAUUCUGGACCGAAUGAGUUUAAAGGAUUAAAGUGAUAAAAUAAUUUUGAGAGGAGGAUGUUUUCUAGUUUUGUACACCCCUACAGAUCCUUCAAAUAAUGCCACUGGAUACAGUUUUGUAUAUUCGUGGUGCAAGUACCUUUUGAUGGUUUCAGCUUUCAAUCCCUAUCCCAACUCAACUUUGAAUUUGCUCAAAUUUCAUGUAUUCCCAGGAAAUAACGGGUCUUAAAUACUCCCACAGACUCAUCAAAGUUAUUAACAGGAUUAAAAUGUAUAUAUAAUAUAUUAGUAUUUUCGGUAUUUUGUCGGAAAUGUGUCUAGAAGGCUUAAACUUUCAACCUCCACUCCCGCCGCCAGUUUGAUGGUAACGAAAAUCUCGAGAACUACUUUAUUUUAUUUAAUGAAACUUUUCUGUUCGGUUGUUUAUUAUCGCGGCAUCGCCUCAAAAUCUCAGCUAGUUCUCGGUAAUACAACCAUGACGUGGUUCUUCCAUCCUAUCCCAUGUACGGAUACUUAUUGAUGAUUGUUAUUUAUUAAAAUUUUGUAAGAAAAAAAAAAAUCGCACAAUAACGAUAAAAUAAUGCGAGUAACGGUAGCAAAUACCUGCACGCUUUCACCGAGUUCGUUACAAUAAUAUUAUAUUAUAUUAUUAUUACUACGAACAAACGUGUGUGCUUUACAUUCUGAUUAACAAUGGGGUUGUAUUUUCUUCGUUCGAUGAAAUAUCGCUUUGAACGCUUUUCGAGAGGGCGUAAUGCGAGUCAUCUUAAACCCUCGACGAGAAUAGGGUUUCACCCUUUCAAAACGAUAACCGACAAAAAAAAAAAAAUGAUCCUUGAAAAUCCAUCAAGUAUACGAGACGCGACGGCGGCAACGGCGUGUCGGCGGCGAUGGGAAUGAGCGCGUGAAUACGUUUCGACUUUCUAAUUUCGGAGGGUUGAAACGCACCCAUAAUACACCGUGUUCUAAUGGUUUCGCGCCGAAUGUUUUAUUUAUUAUGUAAUUUUAUUUUCGAGUUAGUGUAUGUGUAUUAUAAUCCGCGAAAAUAAUUAUUAUUGCCGCGUGGAUACAAAAGUGAAACCGAAUCACGCACACGCGUUUCUAUAUUUUAUCUGAAACUGCACCGUAACUCCGAAAAACCAAUAGUAAUAAUAAGACCCUAUUAGUAUUAUUUCGAAAAUAUAUCGAAAACACAAUAUAAAUAUGUAGAAAACAGACCAUAAUAUAUGGCAGAGUGAUAAUUUCACUAUGAUUUUGCAGCGAUUCUCUCGGUUGAUUUUAUGUAAAUGCUUCUUUCCUUUUAGAUUCUGAGUGAACCGAAGGACGUAUUGGUUUUACAAUAAUGUUUAUUUUUCUGCGGAAAACUUUCCUACUAGUAAUUUCGCUCAGAUUUAUAAUGAUAACAAUUUUUCUGAAAGGAAAUAUGACUGGGCGGGGUGGGGGGUAAUUUAAAGAAGUAAUUUUUCGAUUUUUCAGGGAGUUUUCCCGAGAAAUGAGAAAAACCAGAAAAAAAACAGGAAAAUUUACAAAAUGUAACAAAAACUAGAAAAUAAGUGCGAUGUUAAUUAAAUAUUACUAAAGAAAAUAUUUAAUGUACGUGUAAUUAUUAUUGUUUUACCAUAAUACGACAUAUUUAUUAUUGAUAAAGCAACACUAUCAACCGAUAUCCGCUCAGAAUCGUUUUUUUGUUAAGAAUUAAUGGUUAAUCGUUAUCGUACAAAUAUAAAUUAAGUUCGCCCUCUAGUACCUUCCCAACUUCUCACUUAUAACAGUGGCUGCACCCGUCCUCAUUAUCUUAGGAGACCUUUUUUUUUUCAAUCAUUAUAUUAUGGAAUUUAUUUAGCUAUACUUUAACACUAUUUUCAGAUGUUCAUCCUGUACUGCUAUAAUAAACCUUUAUUUCGAUAUGCAUUAAAUACUAUAGUAUUGAAUCGAACAUUUAUGAUUUUUAAGAAAACUGUUUAAAGGGUAGGGGUUAAAAUUGAAAAUAGUGUUAAAAUAAAGCUCAAACAAUUCCAUAAUGAUUAAAAAAAAAAACAGGAACCACUUAAUUCACUUAAAAUCCUAGGAGAAAAUUGCUGGUCCAUGAUAAAAGAAUUACUCUGGAGAAAAUUGCUGGUCCAUGAUAAAAGAAUUACUCUGUAUAUGUAUAAUUUGUAUUUUAAAUUAAAAUCAAUUUCCUAUUGUUAUCAUCUAAAAAUGUAUAUUAAAUUAAUUAAGCUUCAUUAAUCACUCUUUAUAUCACAGUGUUUAUGACAAAUCCUACAAAAAGUAAUAUAAUCGUGUAUUGUACCCGCAUUUGUAUAAAAUAAUAAUUUCGUUUUACCCGGAACCGUGUUCCUAUAUAAUACAAAUAAAUAGUUCGAAGUAGACAUUAUAAAUGUUUAUAUAAAAUUAAUGUGAAAAUACACAGGCGAGUAUUGCGUUAAUUUUUCCGGAAAAUGUAGAUUACCUAAUUCACUGCGUUUUGUCUGCUGUACAUACUCUAGUGGCAGAAUUCUGAUUAUGCUCACGGUUUUUUUCCCGUCUCGUUUAUUAUAUAUAUUUACUUAUUAUUUUAUGCAAAUCGCAUUUUUCAUAAAAAAAAAUAUAUAUAUAUAUAUGUAUAUUUAAAUUUUAACCCGAUUGAGUUGAAAUUUAAUCAAAGUUAACUACAUGUAAACUUAUAUAAACUUUUUGUUUCGAUUUUAUGACAUUUGUCUUAAAAACUAACGCAGUGUAAAACUAUUAAAGUAGAAAAACAAAUACAGGAUAUUCCACGAAGAAUACCCAAUUGCAAUAUCUCUUGAAAGUAAUGAAAUUUUUUUUUUUUUUAACCGGAAUAUGACCUAAAAACAUUCAUAUUAUAAUUAUAGUUUUAUUUUAUAGUAAACUUUUGUUUUAAAAAUACCUUUAUUUUAUUUUUUUUCGAGAAAUUUGAAGAUUUAUUGUUAUGGAGGUUAUAUUCUGAUAAUGUUGAUGUUUAAACGUUUAUUUACAUUAACCUCGUGGUUUUUAAUAUUUAUUUUAAUUUAUAGAAAAAACAAAAUCUAUUACACAUAAUAGUGUUUCGGUAUUAUAAUAAAACAUAUUAUAAAAAAUAAUAUUUAUCAGAAAACGAGAGGAGAUAAUUUUUAAAAACAUUACUAUAAUAUUAAAUCAUACAAUAUUUUUCUCCGAAAUAUCUCAGAAGAUAUUGAAACGAGUAUAUCUUCGUGGAACACCUUUGUAUAUUUAUCGUUAAUAUUGUUUUAAUUUAUUACGUAUGUAUAGAUGACCUGCCUACUAGUUCGACGUCAUUGAACAUCGAAGCUAUCGUGCAUCGUAUCGUACAACGUUUAUUGUGUGGUAUUGGAAAAUUGGACAAACGGUUCGCCAGCAAAUUUUUAAUUACCGCUGAACCCAUGUCGUCUUCGAUAAAGGUUCGAAAAAAAUUUGUUUUUUUUUUAAACUAUAAUCAUUAGGCACCAAUUUAAAUUCCUUGAUUGAUAUUAAAACAAGAAAACGUCAAAAAAUGCUAAAUCAAAGUUUCACUUUUAAAGAUUUGUUACACGAAUGAUCAAAGCAUGUACUCUAAAUGAAUGAACCAUCCGAUAUAAAGCAGCCGAAAAAAUCCAUUCUGCGUUUAAAUCCGGGCAUUAAAUAAUUUGUACACAUAUUUUAUCAUCUAUGUAUCAAACAUUACUUUUUAAAAAAUACCCGCAAAAGUUCAAAAACCCUAAAAUCGAUAUUGAAUAACAUAUAAAUAUGUUUUAAAAUAUAAUAGAAUACAGUGGCGUAUUUACGGGGGAGGGCAAAGGGAGACACCGCUCCACCAACUUGUUCUUAAAAAUAAUUAAUUUUUUUUUUAUAAUAUAUGCACAAAUAAUAGUAAUUUGUAUAUUAUUUGACAUAAAUUGUAAAAAAAUAUAUUCGUUUUUUUCUUUAUCAAUGAUACAAACAAAUUUUUUAACUUACAUGUUUUAUCGAUAACCGAAUUCUAGCCUCUCGAAAACUUUUGAAGUUUUGCUGGAAAAUGUGUUUAGUAUUCAAGUAUUUAUUUAAGGCUAACCUUCUCUCAAACUUAAAAUCUUGGCUACGCCACCGAUCUAAUAUAUUACAAUAUUAUCAUUCUAGUUGUCCAAAAGCUUCAGUUAUUAUGUACGGAUUGACGUACUGUCAGAACCGAAAAUGUACGAAGACGAUUUCGAAUAUCAAGUCAGAUGCGUACUGGAAGAAGACGGUCUACCCCAGGGUUUCGCUAAAAUCCGAGUGGUUACCAACGAACCAGAAAAAUGGGCCGAUUUAAUCGAUAACGACGGAUAUCUUAGACGGUAAAGAAAAAUACGAUAGUAAAAAUAAUAUUUAAAUUGCGUAAAUAAAUUAAUAUGAUAAAAGUAUAUUACGUAGUGGCUUGUCCACUACUUAUAGUUUAUAAGUAAACUUUUACGGGCAACUCACUUUUCAUUUACUACGUUUAUAUGGUGCAGUUAAAUAUGUUGUAACUUUAAACUGUUUCUAUCACAAUAUGAACCGUUUCAAAUCGUUUCGAAAUCACUAAGAGUUUCAACCGUUUCGAGUUAUUAGAAACGAUUCAAGAAUAGAACAGAUAAACGAGGCAUUGGAAUAAUAUUGUUUUGUCGGAUUUUUCGCCAGUUCGUAUCGUCAUGUUUUUCUAACUAAUAGGUUGGUUAGUCGAAAAAGUUAUAGUUUAUUAAUUAAAGCUAUUUUUUUCGUAAAAUUAACUUUAUUAAAUUUAUUUUUUAUUUGACACGUGACCACCUCAAGCAAGGAUAUCAUAGAAUAAAUUAACGAUAUAAGACAAAUUACAAUUUUAAGAUUUACAGAUUAUAAUUUUGAAUUUAACUGAGACUCGAACUGGUAUCGAAAAGGAGGGGUCAGUAUUUGUGGUCUACAUGGUUCAUAGGAGAGAGGAAUUUGAAUUGAGGUUGGCGUAAGGGAAAGGCAUGAGGAAAACGAUGUGAGAGCGAGCAUUAGAAUUUGGAAUGCGAAAGUCGUUUUAUGAUAGGAGGAAAGGACAAUCGAUAUUGUUAUCGAGAAGAGCUGUGAGAAAAGAAGUAUUCUACUGAAAUCUACGUUUGGCGAGAUUAUCAAGUUUGAGAGCAUGAAGUACAGGUGUACAACCAUAUGACAGGUAUGGAACGCCCAUGGUGUAAGCACGGACCGGAGAAACUUCCUUUGGACAACCUUAAAUUAACAUACUAACGCCAUAAAAAAUGUAGUAUACCUGUAGAAAGUCAUAAAUUAUUUUUUUAAAACUUUUAACGUUGUACAAAACGGUUUGAGAUAUUUGCAAACAAACACUUAUCCUCAUUUAAAAAAAAAAAAAAAAAAAACAUUUUGAAUUAUUUAAAAAUGUUUUACUUAGUAAUUAAUAAUUUAUUUUGAUUUUUUAGUUUUUUAACGAAAGUAAUUAUUAUUAAUAUUGUUGAUAAAACUAAACUAUAAUUUUACUACGCCCUCCUCUCUACCGAAUAGAGAUAAUAUACAAACAAAUUAUAAAUUCAAUAUUUUCACACCGAUUUAUUUUGUCGUCAUAUUCGAGCGGUGGCGUGUUCGACUCGAGAGUUUCGGUUUCGAUUUUCAUAAACACGUAUUUUCAUAUAUUUUAUAAUAAUAUCAAUAUCGUGUCAAAUUUUAAUGACCGAUUUUAAUAAACGCGCGUGAGACACAACUACCUGAAAUUUAUGAAACGUGUCAACUAUCGUAUAUCCGGACGGUGAUACGAUAACACCACCCGAAAUCCCGUCAUUAAUCAAAUCGGGAUUUUUCCCGUGACACGUUUGAUGAUAACCACGCGUUUUGUCGAAAACCUUAUGCGGUGGCAAGAAUUUCACGAAUUACAAACUUUUCUUAUUAAAAAUUAUCAUUAUUAUUCUUUUAAUAUGCAAAUGCCGCGAGGUCAUUGGGAUAAUAUAUAGGGUGUUUCAAAUUUCAUGUUAUAGUCAAAUUGUUCGUGAAUUAUUUAUAUUUUAAACAAAUGACUCAAUUAAACACUUUAAAUAAUCUUAUAUUCUAAAAUAUUACAUGGCUAUUAUUUCUGGGAUUGAAAUGGUUAUUUAAUUUUGAUUUUCAAGAAAUUUGGACUGCCAUCAACCCGUUGACCAAAUAUUCCACUUUUAAGUUUCGUAGAGAGGAAAGUAGUUGUCCGUCAUUUGGGUGGCGGUAUAGCGCGCGCCAUUUAAACAGCUCAAAAUUUCAAUACUAAAAUGUAUUUAUAAAUUAAUACUUCAUUUUUUUAUGGAAUUUUUAACAUAGACUGCUAUUUGAAAAACAAAAAUAGGUAACCGUUUCAACUUCAAAAUUAAAGGCAAUUUGAACAUUUUAAAAAAUAUGAUAUAACAUAUUAAAUGAGACAUAUUUUUAAAAUGUAUAUAUUUCAUGAAAAAUUUGACUGUAUCGUGAACUCUGGAAGAUCCUGUAUAUACUUUAGUUUCAACACACGUAAAAAUUUUCGCAUAUACUCGCUUGUAAUAGGUCUUUUGCAAGUGGCAUGCAUUAUUGAUUGCAUACAAAUCUAUGUGAUUCAUUGACAUAUUAAUAUAAACGAACUUAAAAGUUGAUCCAAUCUGCUGCUGUAAGUUAUGCAAAUGGCAUUAAAAUGAGAUAGAGCUGGUAUUACUUUUCGGGGGAAAACGUAUUUAUUUUUUGUUUAGUGAAAAAAAACAAAUGGAUUUAGUGAAUUAUCAAAAUUGAUAAUAUUUUCAUCCGCCGUGUUGUGUUUUUUUCAAUUUUAAAAUGUUAUUCUGGGCCUAAUAGUGAGGAAUCAUAAACGUUAUACUGGAUAUUCUAUUCCAAAAAAAAGGAAGUACUAUCAUAUUUUCAUUUUAUUUCGCGUUUUCUCUUUUUAUGCUCUGUUUGUUUAUAUUAUGAUCAAAUGAUAUGAUAUGAUAAGUAUGAAAAAAAUGGAACUCUUCUAAGGCUCACCAGUUUUUUAGUACAUACAUUUUUUGUUUUUUAUCAUAACGCUUUGUACUUAUAGCCGAAAAACGAACGGUUAUUAACGGUAUUAUGAUUGUCAGUAAAAUCUGUGGGUUUGGUUUUAGCGACAAAUUCAAAUUGCGGUUCGUCGAAUUGUUGGCCACGUCUGCGUCCAGAAACGACCUGACCGGCCAGCCCGAAGACGUGGACGAGAGUUACUUGUGCGGUUGUCCCGGUAAAGUCAUCGACGCGGAGUUACUGCACGAAAUUCUCAAAAGUCCUGCCGACGAGCACGUGUUUUUCGGGAUGGGUGAGUAGUAAUUCACACGCGGAGAUAUUGGAGUAAUUUUGACUGUAAAUUUCAGGCAUGUAUACGAGGGGGGAGGGGAGAAUUUAAGGUUUCACCCACUCUCUCUCAACUUUUGAAAAAAAACCGUAUUAUGUAUUAUUUUACUGUAUAGGUAUAUUGUUGAAACAUUUUUAUUCUAUCACUCAUGAACCUCCCCUGAAAGCUCCCAACCCAAAAUUGUUGUGUGUGUACGUGCCUGGUACCUAUAUAACUGUACUGCAGGGGGUACCGGUUCCAGUAAGUUUCCGGACCCGAGGGAUUUACGAAUCGCCGUGGUUGAAGACGCGCAGUGCAUCAAAUUACGGAUAUCCGGGUCGAAAACGUCCGGAGACAUAGCCGUCGUUCUUUUGCCUUCCAUCGAGUUUUCCGGUUGGCCGAAAUACACCGACAUCCUAACGAGAAUACCGCUAACGCAUUCCGAUAUUCUCAUACACCAACAAGCCACGACCAUGGUAAGAGCCUGUACGGAGUUUUACAUUUAUUUUGCUCAUUGUUAUUUGGCGUACUAUAAACGAUAUUGCCAAAACAAUUUGUUCGUUAAAGCUAAAUUAUUAUAGUAACCAAGUUGAUCAAAACAUCAUUGCAAAAACGCGCCUUAUAAUGGUAAACAGUAACGUUUCCAUUGCCCAGAAGUUUUCAACGGGAAGACAAAUAGCAAAUACGAACCCGAAAUAAGUCGAUUUAUAAUCAUGCUUUUCCUUCUAAAUUGGCUGAAAUAUUUACAUUUCAAUAUUAAAUUACUGAAUAAAUACAUAUAUAUUUUUGUAUUUUUGAGCCAAUAGCUGGAAUAUAAUUUAACCCCUAACGUCCCUCUCCUCGCACUGAUGGAAAAUUCUAUAUUGUUGCGUUCAAAGUUCAGAAUACUAUUUACGGGGAACGAGCCCGACAAAGCCACCGUAUCGUGUAAACGCUGACCCAAUAAACACAAUAAUAAAGUUAGGCGGACGAAACGAAUAAACUUUCGCGAAACUUCGCCGUCGUUUCAUAUUAUACACACUAAUGAAAAUACGAGAUGAAUAAUAAUCGACAAAUAUUACCAGUUUGUGUAACGAUAAGUAUUGAUUUGCCCGCAGGGAUAUUACGCCGUGCCGGUGGCGCCACAUCAGACGGUCCGGUGCUACAACCGUCAGAUCACCUGGCAGAUCAGAUUUCCGGCGGCCGAGUGCCUGUACCAGACCCAUUACUCGGAACGGAGCGUGGUAAACAACAUUUACCACUUUCUCCGGACCAAGGUGCCGAAACUGCGGAAGGGCGACAACGGCGUGUGCGUGGUCAGCGGGUACAUGAUCAAGACGUUGCUGUGGUUCCGGUUGGAGAAGUGCGUCCGGGUCGAGGAAUGGGACCACAGGUGCGUAGCCGGACACGUGCUGUCCGUGCUGGAUGCCCUGGUGGCCGCGCUGAGGACCCAACACCACAGGUCGUACUUCUUCCCGUACGCCAACGUGAUGCUGAACGCGCCCCGGGCCGGCCGGACGAUGGUGUCCGAGGAAGACUACCAGAACGACGUGGAAAUCGUCGAGGCCUAUUUGUACGGGCUGUUCGAGAAGUCCAUGGGCAGCGACUCGAUCGUCACCGGACAGGCAUUCCAAAACACGGACGCCGACUACUGGCAGAACCUGGAGUCGGUCAUGUUGCAGAAGUGGCACCGGGUGUUGGAGACCAUGGACCCGAAGCCCCGGAGGUUCGAGUUCACCAGGAAGCAAGUGGAUUACAUAGGCGAGGUUUUCAAAGGCAUGUUGGCCACAAGGCAUCACGUAAGCGAUACACUCGAACAAUUAUACAUAAUCGUAAUAAUACAGACAAAAGUGGGCAUUAUGUUGUGUAGAAUUAUCUAUAAUGCCGUGGAAGGAUUUUUAAAUUGAUUUUUAAAAGAAAACCGUUGCAACGAGUUGGACAAUGACUUUUCGUCUUGGUCGGAAACGCGUUUUCCACGAUCUGUACAAAAUAUAUUAUCGAAAAAUAAAUUAUUCGUGACAAAUCAUUUUCGAUUCUGAACGAAACCAGGAAUGUGUUUGUUUUACUAUAGGAAAUAUAUUUUAACAUUUGCUCUUUCUGUAAACAACUACCUGAAAUCUUGCUCGAAUGGAAAACUCGAUUAAACGAUUUUCGAUUCGGUCGGUUUGUCGAAGUGAACGAUUUACGUUGAUGUCUGUGUUACCUUUGCCACAAGGGAAAACACACGGUUAAUACGAUGACUCGGCUCCCGAUCGUUAUUCUUCAUCGGCGGUCCGUCGUCGCGUACGGAUAUAAAUUAAAUUACUACAAUCCACUCCUCUACUAAAACAGUGGCACGCCCAUCGGCGGCUUUUUUUUUGUUGUUGUUGUCCCGUUUCCAGCUAGUUUUCGAACAAGGCGAUACGACAAAUAAUACACCCAGAAUGUUCCGUGUACAAAUGGACGGUGUUUGUGCAAAAGGGAUCAAGUCGAAAAACUUUUACACUAAGAACAAUAUAUCGUUGGCUUGAGCGCUUUAUCACGAACUAAAUUUAAUUAGGUAUCACGACCGGCAAGGGCGCCCGAAAGAAAGGGGGGAGGCGAUUCCCUCCCUAGCUUUCCAGUAAGUUAAAAUAAUUAUACUUCCGUUAUAUAAUAUCCAAACCCAACAUCUUAUAAUUCCAAAAUUCACAAUUGGUACCAAGGUGUAUUGAUAAAUCGGUACCUAGUCGGUAGGUACACUUUCCGGUAAUUCCACUAAUUUACUUUCACAAUAUUCAAUGGUUUAUGCCGUACGAUUUGAAGUCGGUACCAACCACUACAGACGAUCAUCUGUGAAUAUUUUUUGCGGACAGCUGUGGACUUGCGGUCAUCUAAUGCGUGAAAAUCGUUUAUCCGACUUAUGUUUGUUAAGUUUACGUAGGAAAAAAGUCGAAGAACUUGAUUUAGCAGAAACAUUUGGGAAAAACGAAAUAAAAUCGCAAUUUGUGUUCAAAAGGUUUCCAUAAAUGCACGAGUUCAAUAUUAUAUUGUAUUGCCUUUAAAACGUUUAUCGAAAACACACAUAAUGCAUUAUAAAAUUAAUGCUGUCCUCUCUCCCCCACCCCCGAUUUCUUGCCGCCGGGCGUCCUUGACGGCUAUACGCAUAUUAAAUGCAUUGACAACGGUUCUGCGUCCGUUCAAACACUAGUGGCACCGACCAAUAGACGCGGCACGUAAUCGCGCACAAAACGUCGACAAUAUGAAAAUAUGCGAUUGUGAAUUCGACCCGAGUCCUCCUCUUGCACGAACACCGUCCGUCCGAAUAAUGCGCACGUCCGCCCGACCCGCACGCACGAUAGCCAUCGAUACCGUAGGCGGCGCGCGCGUCACGGACGACGGCCCGCGUUCGGCCCAUCGGUCUCCGAAACGAAACGAACGACAACAACGUUGUGCUGUUAUUGCCACUACGGCUCGGAAAUUGCCGGCAAGUAAAUUUCACACGAUAAACGGGCGCAAAUAUGCACGCGAAAUACCGAAAUGGCGCGUUCGAAUCUAUAAAAUAUGCGCACGGACAAUUUUUAAUACGCAAAACAAAUAAUACGCGCUACAGUACUGUUAUGCAAUUUGUGAUUUACUGUAACUCGUGUUUGUUUGUUGCGUGUAAAUCAACAGUACGCGACAAAUACAAUGAAUAAUAGAACGCUGACCGCAACAGAGAUGGAACUACAACUAUACGCACGGCGGCAAUAUAAAUACCUAAAUAAAUACUUGACUUUGCAUUCAAUAUUAUUAUUUUAAACGCAUGCGUUGAAAAAGAAAAAAAAAAUGAAAUUUUUUAGAAAAUAUUCAACGAGUAUGCGCAAUAAUAUGCGUACGCGAAAUUCGAUCGAAAUCGAUGAAAUGCGCGCACGUUUUUCUUGCAGUUGAUGGAACAUUAUGCGAAUCGUGCGUUCUAAACGUUCGAUUUUUUAAACUCUCCGUUGUAUCGAACGGAUUUCCGGUUCGGUCUGGUAUAAAUCGAGGGCACGUGCAGAACAAUAUGCAAAUCCCACAAUACUUCCGAGCUCUAACCACUCUGUUACCCAUUCGCAGUGGCGUACACUAUCUAAAAUUUCACCAAACGCAUUACCAAAAAAAAAAAAAAAAUCAACUAAUUACUUAACGUUUUUGAUGCGAAUAAUUAGUUAAUGCGUUUAGUCGGCACGUUAAGUUAGCACGUAAUAUUGUCCGCACAACCAUAAACCAACAGACAUUUUAGCGAAUGUACGCGUUCAUGUAUAUGGGCCCCUGUGCCCCCCGCUGGAUGCGCCGCUGCCCACGCGUGCCCGAAUUGUCCGACUGACCGCCGGUGGCAAUGGGAAAUCGCGCGCAACGUCACCGGCGCGCGGUUCCCGUUGACGGUACGACGCGGCGCGGGCACGGCCACAUCCGUAAAUCUCCGACCGUGACCCCGGAUGUGGACGUCCGAUUUUCGAUCGGGACGGUGACAACAAAUUAGUGACGGCGGUGCGCAUAGUAACACGUGCGUCGCGUACAAUAUUGAGUUGUCGACGCGCCGCUUAACCGACUGCACGAGACGGUCGAAACGUUUCGACGGAUUUCGAAUCGACAAUAGUAUUAUCCGGGGAGGGGGGGGUCACGUCGUUUCGGUUUUCCGAUAGGGACGCGAACGUUUUGAACGGGACGAUUUCUCGCCCACCCCAUUCGCGCCGGGCCGUCCGUUUAAUAUCUUGUUUGGUUCGCGGAAAUGAGAGAAUAAAAAAAAACGUUAUUCCGUCGCUUCCCACUUAACAUUUUAAUGUUCGAAUGCUAUGCGCGGAGAUACUUUUCGUUAAAAAAAAAUAAAAGAAUAUCAAAAACUAAUUUCAAUACCGUACACCGUCUGUUCACCAUUAGUUUCGCGACGUUACGAUCGCAUUGAUACCGUUAUGGUACUAUCGUGCUAAUCGUGUGCCACGGUAACAAUUAUGCGUGGUAAUAGGAUCUACUGAUCUACUCCAGUAGAGGUGACCAUCCAGUGGCGUAAAUACCAAUGGACAAGGCGGGCAAACGUCACGGACCCAUGACAUUUGGGGGCAAUUAUAUAACAUUUCAUACGGGCCGAAAACACGUAACAAUAGAAAAAUAGGGCUGCAAAAUUAUUAUAGCAAUAGUAUAAUAUUCGACAUCCAAACGAUGAUGAUUGCGUUGUAUUCGAACGACCGAUCGGAGAAAUGUAGACGGAAGAGACGGCGACCAAGACUGAUAAAACUCGGGCCCGGAUUUUGUAUACGGAUGUUAUUUUUGAGGGGAUUGUGCAGAUAGGAAAGACGAUUCAAAUAUAUAAAUACUUUUGGCGCAUUCUGCAAUGAAAUAUACUUUAUUUUGUUUUUUCUACUAUAAAUGUGUCUUUUUUUUUUAUUUUUUUCUUUUAUAUAAUUUUCGUAAAAAUUUCACAUCUUUCUAUAAUUUUAUUUUACUAUUCAACUGUAUUAAAAUUACUGCCGGAAAUAAAUUACGAUUUAGAUUGGGUAACUCUCAAAGUGUCGAAAUUGUCAUUUUAUCGAAAUUAUCUUAAUUACUGGGGUUUCGUACUUUUAAAUUGAAUUUGACCGUUGAGUUUUGGUUGGGUUACAGGUGGCGGCGGAUUCGUCGUCGGCUUGGCACUUUUUAACCGAAGAAAAAAUUCCGCGGAACAGCGGCGGAAUAGGGGCGUGUGACGAGAUCGGGUUGGACGCGUCGUAUUUGGUGUCGGUGGUCGUGGAACAGGCGCUCACCGUUUACGGGGCGGCCCGCAAAAAGGACGUCCGGAAGAAACGGUCGUCGUGUUUCGGGACGGUGGCGCCGACAACGGCAGCCGCGGACAAGAAAGCCGCCCAAGCUGCCGGUGGCGUUUGUCGGGGCCGCUGUCUCACGGGACGACGCGGGCGACGGUCACACCAGACCGCCGUCAGUGACGGGCCGGAAGCGGUACGCCGUCUGCUGUGUGACGUGUACACGGACGCCGUGGCGGCUGACAUCGUCGGCGAUGCGGACUUGGUGCGGUUCGUGUUGGGCCGCUUGCACGUGGCCGCGGCCACGCCGACACGGUUAUCGCGGUCGCUGCGCUGUGGGCGACGAGGCCGCCGAGGCCUGGGUCCGCCGUUGACGCUGUUCCUGCGGCAGCUCUAUGACGCCUCGCAUAGGAAUUGCUGGCACCUGGACGAGUGGCGACGUCGACGAGACCGGGACGAGUUGCGUUCGCUCGGUGCGUUCGCCAGACUACUGUGCCGGAACGACGUGCGGCCCACCGACGCGCUGUUGGACGCCAUACACAAAGGUAAUAAUCGUUAUUUAGAUACCGGUUUCAGUUGCUCUAAAAAUGGUCACAAAUCCAAAAUAAAAAUUUACGGGACCGGUGCAACAUCGAAAACAAGUACACGUGUCGGAAUCGUUUAAGGGAAUGAAAAACCCAUCCCUUCGGGACUUGAUUUAUUUUUGUCCGGAAUUUCGAUUGGCCUUGUCACUAUGUUUUCCGUAUCUAAUAGACAGCAUUGCAUUAUUGUUGAAGAAUUCACUGAUUUACUCGAAACUGUCGAUACGUAAUUUUGGACUUGCCUUGUUUGUUUGUGCUGAGCCCUUCGUUUUCACAUUUUGAAAUUACUGUUUCGUAAAUUAUGUAAACGGAACCGUUGAGAUUGCACAGAGCGUUAAAAACGACUGCUGACCUAACCACUGUUUUCCAGGCUGGUCGUGGGCCGAUCGAAUGCUGUUGGCCGUCGUGGAGUUCCAGGAUGGUGUGGACAUCAUAUGCACGCCGGGCCCGGGGGACGUGCGCCGUUUCAUCAUUUCGUUGCCAAAACCGGAACAGGAAACGUUCGCUUCCCGGAGCUUGGGCCGGGCCGCGGACAGACAACAACGCAGUUCUGCCCGCGUGGACACCGUGUCCAAUAAAUUCAAAACGGUCAGAGGUGGGUGGAAGCGUGACGACGUUUCGUCCGUUUUAAAACGUUCUACCGCACAAUCCGCGUGCACCUUUAAACUGCGUGGGAUCGAGAAGUUUAACGCGUUAAAAAAAAAAAAAUCAUCAGAACAAUACAUUUAAAUCUCCCAGAAAAAUACGGAAAUUACUUAAAACGUCAAAGGAAGAGGGAAAAUAUUCUUAACGUGUCAAAAAAAGCAAAAUAAAAAUGUCACUACCGACUUUAUCGUUACAUAAUUUCCGCUUUUUUCACACAAAAAAAACAAUUACGUAGGCGUUGCAAUAAGCUGAAAAAGUAAUACAAAUAAUACAUCCUACAACUCGUGACUUUUUUUUCCCUUUUUUUUUUCUUCUUCGUUAGCGCCGGCAGCAGGGAGGGCUCAGUUUUCACAAUACUUCCCCACUGCUGCCAUCGUUUAUUAAAGAAAGUUAAAUGAAUGGUUUUGAAAUCCUGUUUUCUCCUUCGCGGAGGCGGGCUCGCUUAACUUAGGAUAUUAUAUCACUGAGGAGAGGGAGAUCAGCGAAGUGACCAGCGCCAUCCCCUACAAUGUUUACUUAACCAAGCCUAUACUCAUAACCUCUAUAAUAUACACAUUGCAGCGAAACGAUUCCCGUCGUUUGUGUAUUUUAUGUGUCGUAAAUUGAUUUCGGGAUUUUUUUCUUUUUGUCGGUUCAUACGCGCCCUCUGGUCCACGUCGUCUCGCAUCAGGCAUGUCAUUUCUGGACGCCGAUAACACUUCAGUAAACGACGACAAGAAAAACGACGGCGGCGGUCCCGCGAAGACGACCGUCACCUCGUACGCACUCCUACAGCGGCAGAGCCCCAUGACGUCCGCGAUCGCCUCGAACAGAUACAGAAGCAAUCACCGGGUGCUGGGCAACAUCGUCAAUGCCCUGAUAAACUUACAGAAGUACACAGUGAGUGGUCACACCAACCGUCAAUAUACGUCUAGUUCGGAUAUUGACCGUGUUAUUUAAACAAAAAAUUUAAUUCGAUUUCGAAUAAAAUAUCGCCGGGUGAAAACCCCGCAUCGGGUACGGUCCGGCAUAAGGUACGGCACGCGAACGAUUCGGUGCGUUUUUACUAAUCGAAAAUACAUUUUCUGAAGCGAUAAACCCACACGUUUCUUAGUGAAAUUAUGUUAGCUUUUUCGCUACGCUCAGAAUUUAAAAAGGCCGAUAUUACUUCCGAUGGUUAUGCCGCCGUUUUAGGUUGAAAGAUGGAAAGGAGGAUGUAAAGAGUAGUUUAAUUUAUAGAUAAAUCGUUGCUAACGAAAAACGAUUUUAUUAUUUGUGCAGUGUAUAGUGUAUUAUUAGUCGUAUUUUUCUGUUGUUGACAUAUGGUAAAGCAAAAAUCGACAAAAAUUUUACAAAAAAUUACUUAUUUCUCCACAUUUAUUAAGAAAAUUAAAGAAUACAAAAAUUGGCAUCCUCAGUGAAUUAGAUCAACAAUGUAAAUUAUUUCCUAUACGAUUUUCGAUUGUACUGCUAGUAGAUAAUUUAUUAACAAACACAAUAGUAAAAACAUAAUAUCAUUGUAAAACCAAUACAUUUAAUCGUUUCUCUCAGAACGAAUAUCUACCAACGUGUCAUAGAGGUAUUACACUGUACCUGUAUAAUAAGAUACUAUAAUUAUUAUUAUCAUGUAACGGAUGGGUUAUUUAUGUAUAAAUAAAUAAAACUAGGUUAGGUGAAAUUUAUUGAAUAAAAAACAACUAUUUUCAAUACGUUUCUUGCGAAUCUCGCGUUAAGACUAUAAUAUUUAUUUUUAUGGGCGCUACACACAAUCGUGGACAAUCUCUCGUCUGAUAAAAAUACACGCGGUGUUAUUGACGAAAACGAGAAUGUUAGGUGCAUGCAUUUUGCUUAUUGUAUCGUUUCAAAACGUUUUAGAUUAGUUUGUUUGGCUUUUUUAUUUUAUUGUUUUUUUUUUUUCACAUAAACGCGCCAAGUACAAAUUAAACCGAGCGCAGUUACGACAAAACGAAACAUAUGUUUUUUAUAAUGUAACGCGCACACGUUUUUUUUUAUGCUGAACCUUGCAUAAAUUACCGAAAAAUCACAUAAUUCGGUGACCCUGGAGUCGAAGGUCGAGCAUAUAAUAUUAUUAUAAUCUUUUGGUUUAGUCGGUUAAGACUUUCGACAAGUACAAAUGUACUUUAAAAGAUGCGGAGUUUUCGGCCGGUGGCAGUCCUGAAUUGGAAAUACUUAAAAGAUUUCCAACAAUUUUUCUAAAAAAAACCACGAUAAAUCGGUUAUCGAUUUCUGGGUUCCCUCAGCUACGAAGGAAACAAUCACUACUCAUUUAUCAUACGUCCUUCUCGGGUUACCGGGUUCCGUUCAUAAUCGACUUUUGAUUACAAAAAUUAAUCGUUGCCUUCAUUAUAUAAACUAAACUACCCAACAUUCUAUGACUUUUCAUUUUCCAUCUACAACAGUGAUCUACCCACUGAUGUCAAGUAUCCUUGGUGUGAUGAUUUUCUGUAUGGGGGUAUCAAAUCAAAAAUUGUCAGAUAGUUCAAAAUUAACGCCUCUCGCUUAACACUACAUUUAUUUUUUAUCGACGGUAAUAUAGAAUAAGCUUAUGAUAAUACAGUUCGUACAUUUUUAAAAUAAAAUAAAUCAAGGAAAACGAGAAAAUCUUUUCCUGCGUGGCCUUUUUUUAGGAGAAAUGCAGGAAAUGUCGGAGGGUCACUAACUCCCACGACUCCCAACAUCAUUUUACGUAUUCAGCUCGUCCGGCUUAGAACCCUCGACGUUAAAACUGACUCUCUAACUUACAAUUUCUACGAUUGAAUUUUAAUCGUACGAUGCGCAAUGCUAUAUAGAAAUGUUUGUUUUUCUUUUAUCUGAAACGGAUAAAACGUUAUAAAAUCGAACGUAUAUUUUUCCGAAGGAAAUUACAAAACUUAACGGAAAAUAUCUAACCUCAGAAAUAUCGGACAGUACCGUAGAGCAGAGAUGCUACUGCGACAGUCCUAUAUACGAUAAUAUAUAAUAUAUAUAGGUACCUAUCUCGGUUUGUUUUUCGACACAUUUUCGACCACUUAAAAGUUUUCGAGACGGAAAAAUCGAUAAAAUCCGUAAACCCGAGAAACACGGAGGCCGACCGUUAUACCGACGAAAUUGCCCGAUAAUAUUAUUGUACGGAAUUGUUUUUUAAUCACGACCGGCGGUGCUUUCGCGAUAUCCAUUGUGCAAAUGAAUAUAAGCACUUAAUAUUAAAGCGUUUCGCGCACUAUCACAAUAAUACUGAGAAACGACAUUCGGCGAAUGGAUACAUUGUGUACGAAAAUCCGCUGCUCGCAAAGUCGGUAUUUUUGUCGUUUUUUUCCUUUGCGGAACUAACGGUAUAGAGUGCGAUGUUUCACUCGAACGGCUAUACGAAAUAUGUCAGUCGGAAGAACUUAUAAAUAUGCAUAUAUAUAUAUAGACAAAGCGUUUGACAUUUGUUUUUAAAACACGAGGAAAAAACUUUUGACGGCUCGGAUAUUUCAGGAAAUUUCCGGGACGGGAUUCGAUUCUCGGCGGAAAACAAAAUAGGACUAUCCGGCGCUAAAAGCUUGGGUGUGCCUAUACAGGGCGAUUAGGUUUAAGAAAAUUCGAGUUAUAUUUAAAUUAAAAUGUCUGGAAAGUUUGUUCGAAAAGUGUAGGAAUUCGGUACUUGGGAUAUUGUAUUAGGUACGGCCGCGUCUUCCCGGACGAUAACCCCAUUUCGGUCCGAAUCCGUCCUUAUUCGAUUGUUGUCAUCCGAUCAGAAUCGAAUCACCCUGUUUUUUUCGUUGAAUAAUCGGUAUUUCAAAAAGCAUUGACUCUUUUAGAAAACGUUUUUUUUUUUCUUUUUGACAAUUUAUGAAAUAACCAGCGGUGGAGAGUUACUUUAACUUUUUUUCACCCUUGUUUUUUUAACGUGAAACGACUACGUGGGUACCUAUAGUAAAAAUUGAAAAAAAAGAUUCCCUAUACAUAAUUAGAGUAUUAGUUUAAUUAAAUGUUGGUGUUGAUACACUUUUGAUUUCCGUCCACUCCCUAACAAGAUAUUACAAAUUUAAGUUUUGUGAGGGCAGUAGAGCGGCAAUUAAUAGAACUCCGCUAUUCUACGAUACCGAAACUUAGAGCGGAAUAUCUCGUCAACGAGUGGACGGAAAUUAAAAAUGUUGACGUCAAAAUGUGUUUAGACUAAUACUCUGCGGAUCUGUUUAUGGAAUUUUUAAUGCGGGUUAACGUUUGAAGAUCGUUCGACACCUGCCCUAUCAUUCAAAUAACGGAAAUUAUAGGGUUAGGUACUUGUUUCUCGAAUUUUUCGAUGUAACAAUAUUUGAAAAAAGUCAAUACCCUUUGAAAUAAUCAGCGUUCGAUGACAAAAGAAUCGCUCUGUAUAUUGUAUACAUACUGGUAUAGAUUCGAAAGCGGCUGGCGCUUUUACUCGGUAAACGAUUUUAAUGAAACUUUUACGAGUUUUUCCGGUUCUCAUAUUCGUAUUUUAUCUAAACACGCGUACGUUGUGUAAGUGUACGAGGGCUAGUCAAAAAAUAUCAAGACUGAUAAUAUUGCUCGGAAACCGAGCGUUGAAGAGCAAAAUGAUUUGUAUCCCUGGGUUCUAUGACUUCUACUGAGCACAUCUAUUCUUGUAGAAUCACUAUAAACUUCUUCGUUUCGAUUCGACGGUAUUUUUCUGAAAUAUAUUUUUCACGUUUGGGCGAUUUUGUAAUGAACUUAAAAGAAGCGAAACUCGCUGCCACUCGACGGCGCGUCUGUAGUUUUUCAAUUAAAAUUUAUUGAUAUUAACCACGGAAUGUUUGCAUCUCUCUGGAAUUGAAAAAAAAAUGCAGACAGAUUUUCCAAAAUCUCCAAAACUGUCGAGUCGCUCUCAUUUGGGUUCGUUACAAAAUCGCCCAACUCGAAAAAUACAUUUUACAAAAAUAUCGGUGAAAUCAACCCGAAGAAGUUUACAGGGAAUCGAUAAAAAACAAAUGUACUCAGAAAAGGUCAUAGAAGGUAAGUAGUGAUACCAAUCCUACUGUUCUCCGAUGCUCGGUAUCCUAGCGAUACUACCAGUCUCGGUACUUUUCGAUUGGCCCUCGUACACUGCACGGGACUGUGGCGAGCAAACAGUCGGCGGAUGUUCUUCUCUUUUCCCCGCAUCAGCGAAUUAUCCGUAAGGGUUUUUUUUUUUUUUUUGAGUCGACGGCGAAAGGUAAUCUGUGCGCACUGCUGCACUGACGAGACCGGCUACUGCAGUGGAACGGACGAAAACCCACGACAUAAUACUUUGUCCACAAUAAUAAAUUAUUUACCGAUAUUUUCGUGCGUACUAUUUUCGGUUCAAAUGUCCGGGUCGGUACGUUUGUUUCCCGUCUGUCGGCCGUCCCGUUAAAAACUAUAUGUUAUUACACGGGACGAUUUUAGUUGUUGUUUGAUCGAGGAACACUCGUUAUUUCGAGAGGCGUCGAUUUUUUUAAAAAUUUGAGUUUUCGAACCACUCGAAUCACGCUCCGAUAUACUAUUUCUCUCCAUUCCCCCCCCACCCCUCUAUCCAAACUGAAAAACUGGAAUACGCGCCGUCGACGGAAAUCGCAAAACGUCAACACCGAAAUAUUGUAUUUUAAUCAUCCGUUAAAUAUAUACAUUGCUUAUGUGUAUGCGAACAAUGACAUAUCGUGAGCGAAUUAAAUCGGUCAGGAUUAAAAUCCAAGAGUUCAGAUUUUUGAACUAUUCGAAAUCCAGAUUUUUCCCUCCAUCAACACACACAUACGCACAAUGUAAAUGAAAGUGUCACGGCUAAUUAUUCAGUUAUCAUAAGCCGGUUAUAUCUUUCGUAACAAUAGAACAAGAAAAAUAAUAAUUACAAUAGUAAAUUAAACUAAUUUCAAAUGGAUUUUAUUUUAUUUCACAUUCUAAUAUUCUAUCAGUCGGAUAUGACUCUGAAAAAUAUUACAAUAUUCGUAUACAAACAGUAUUUUAUGCCAUUCUAUAAGCAUUUCAUUUCAGUCCUUAUCAAAAAUAAUACAAUUUAAUCUAGCUGUUAAGCGCUAGGAAUUACACUUCAAAUAUGCGCACAUAGUGCACACACUGUUUUUUUUUUUUUUUUUUUUUUUUUUAAUCGAUACUCUUUAAAAUAAUAAGUGUUCGACGAUAAAUCAUGAUAGUCAUGCGUAAUAAAAUAUUCUGCUAUACCAUCUUUUACACAUUAUCUGCGAAGAUUUCAAGUCACUUAAAUUUGAGUUUGGUUCGUCGCGUGGAAUCGUGUUGAACGUCUUGUUUACGAUUUGUUUUUCUAUAACAACCCGGAAAAAUCGAAUUUACUCGAAAUUGUCGUCUAAUAUAAUACUCUAUAGUGGUUUCCAACCUUUUUGUUAAGGCGACCCUCACAUUUACUCUUUUUCGGGUAUUCGACCCACAUUAAAAAAAUCUGCCCUAAGAUAAUGGGGGUGCAGCCACUGUCAUAGGUGGGAAGAUGGCAAGGUAGAAUACAGAAGGGAAUUUAAUGUAUAUGAGUAAGAAACGAUGAACCAUUACUAACGAAAAAACAAUUCUGAACGGAGUUCAGUUGAUAGUAAUGCUUUUUAAACAAUAUAUAUAUAUUAUAGUAAAAUAAUUAAAUAGGGUAUAAUAUAUUUUCUUUAAUAAAUAUUUGUUAAAUAUUGUACUGAUUUCCCCGGUUUUCCUAUGUUUUUCCCGGUUUACCACAUUUGCUUGGGAAACUCUUGGGAAAAUCGAAAAAUGACCUUCUUAAAGUACCUUCCAAGUUUCGGAUUUCCUUUCAGAAAAAGUGCUAUCAUUAUAAAUCGGAGAAAAAUUGCUCGUAGAAAAGCUGUUCACGGGGGAAAAAAAGGCUGUAAUGUUUUUUUAACCGAUACCUUUAUUUUGUACAUUUUUAUUUUUCCCCCCGUUUUUUUUCGGUUUUUCACAUUUGCUUAUUAUCUUAUUAUUCUUACUAAUAUAUUUUUCAUGUUUUCUAUUUUAUUGUCUUAUAAUCAAAAAAUGUUUCUUUCUCAUCUGACCAAUCAAAAAUAUUUCGUGACUCAGUAAUGGAUCGCGAACCAUAGGUUGGGAAACGCUGCUCUAUAGGAUGUCAAUAUACACGAUAAUAUUAUAAAAUACGUACGGUCAAUGCGGUAGUAGUAAUACGGUCAAUCCGGUAUAGCAGAAACGAGAGAAAUACUACGUUCUCAUUAAAUACGUGACAAACGGGUUGGGUGGUUUUUUUUUUUUUUUCGUAUACGACGUCUAUACAAUUAUAUUACGAAACAACGUAAGGCCGCAAUAAUAACAAUAAUAAUAAUAUAAUAUAAUGUGAUUACCGAAGACUCGCGGCGCGAUCGUGACGCGAGAAUUAAUAUCCGUACGGUGUUUUUUUUUUGGCCGGGAGGUGUUGCAGGAGAUGUGUUCCGUGUUACCGGAAGACAAACAGGGCCCGGUGCUGGACGACAUCCGGAAGAUCAGCAAGGAGAGGCGCAGGCACCGGCCGGAUGCGGGCCGGAUGAACCGCUCGUCCGCGGCCGUCCGUCCGUCCGCGGCGGCCGACGACGGGCUGACCGGCGUGUACAGGUCGACGUCCGAAUUGUCCGCCGCGGCCGCCCGCGCGGACGACGGCGGCGCGGGUGACGGCCCGCAACAGCUGCAGGCGGCCGAUUUACGGCCGUCGGCCGGCGGCGGAGGCGGUUUGAUGGCCACCGUGCGGGCGGCCAGACGCAAACAGUCCAUGUCGGCCACGGUGGUGUACAACCCGGCGUUCUACGACGCGCCCGUCUCGUACGGGUCGCCGCCGGACCGACAGCCCGCGCGGGCGGCCGUGGCCAGCAACCCGGCGCGCCAGCCGUACCUGUGCAUGACCGCCGAAAACGGGUUCAGCCUGCAUCAGCACCGGUUGCAACAGUUGCAGAUCGCCGAAUCGGCGAAUCAACGGCUCUGACGACGAUCGACAGCGAAUCGACAGAAGUACGGUUGUAAUUUUUUUUUUUUCAUUAGUAUUCCGUCUUGUCAGUUAAAGACGAUUUUUAACAAACAAUUGAUUUACUUAAAAACAAAAAUGUACAACUCACAUUACACGCAUUUUUUUUUUUUUUACUUCAACAUUGAAUCCUUUUGAGUUUAAUUCGAUUAAACACAAUUAUAUGCGACUAUAUCGGAGUAUUCCUCUUCAAAUUUAUAGUAUUGUAUACAGAUUAAUACUUUUUAUUUAUUAUUUAUUUUUAUUAUAUAAAUUAGUUACUCGCC